GCUUUUUAAAGCUGUUAUGAAUAUGAAAAAACAAUACUGUUUGCUUUCCAGCAGUAACUGUUUUACACAUCACGCUAGUUGGUAACGUAAGAGUGAGCAGAGGGGAUACGAAGCUUCUGCCCAGGCGUCUUUCCUCAAAUCUGACUUAAGAAAAAAUAAAGAAAUAAAGGAAAGAAAACUCAGAUUCCUCGCCGACGUCUUCACUUUUAUUCUUCUGUAUCAUUCCCAACUUCCUCAUUACAGGUUUGGGCAAGAAAAGCUUUUCCCUUUAAACUUUUAGAGGCUCGGACCGCAGGAGGGGUUCUGAAUGGGAGAGACUUCGCAGAGAUGAGUCGAGACAGCGGGUUAAAUUCACAGACGAGCGCGUCUGCAAAUCGCACCUGCUCAACUGCUGCCCGCAUGACAUUCUCUCUGGAACGCGCAUGGACCUUGGCGAAUGCUCUAAGAUCCAUGAUCUGGCGCUGAGAGCAGACUAUGAGAUCGCGUCUAAAGAGAGAGACCUGUUCUUUGAACUGGAUGCGGUGGAUCACCUGGAGUCGUUUAUUGCUGACUGCGACCGCAGGACUGAGCUGGCCAAGAAGCGUCUCGCUGAGACACAGGAAGAGAUCAGCGCUGAGGUGGCUGCAAAGGCAGAAAAGGUUCACGAGUUGAACGAGGAGAUCGGGAAGCUGCUGGCGAAGGCUGAGCAGCUCGGUGCUGAGGGAAAUGUAGAUGAAGCCCAGAAAGUUCUACAGGAGGUUGAGAAAGUCCGGACUAAGAAGAAGGAUGCAGAGGAAGAGUACAGGAACUCUAUGCCCGCCUCCAGUUUCCAGCAGCAGAAGUUGCGUGUCUGUGAGGUUUGCUCCGCCUACCUGGGUCUCCAUGACAACGACCGGCGUCUCGCUGACCACUUUGGUGGGAAACUGCACUUGGGCUUCAUCCAGAUCAGAGAGAAGCUGGAGCAGCUGAAGAAAACCGUGCAGGACAAACAGGAGAGGCGGAACCAGGAGCGACUGAAGAGGAGGGAAGAGCGGGAGAGAGAGGAGAGAAUGAAAAAGAGGACCAAGUCGCGCAGCCGAGAACGCAAGAGAUCACGUUCUCGUGACCGCGAUCGAGAGCGCAGACGCCGGCGUUCCCGCUCCGCAUCACGAGAGAAGCGCCGUUCCCGUUCUCGCUCCAAAGAGCGCGACAGACGCCGACGGCACCGAUCUCGAUCCAGAUCCCGCUCGCGGCACAGCCGAGAACACUCACACAAGUCUUCACGGGACCGUGAUCGCGAGAGGGACAGCAAACACAGUUCAUCUGAGCGGAGAUCAGACGGGCUGAACGGCAGGACAGAAUCUCGCCGUCAUGAUGACAGAGAGGCUGGAGAGAUCUGAAUCAUCUUACUCUACCAUAACAAACACACACCGCUCAUAUACAUAUACCCACUUUUUUAUUUAUCAUGUUUGCUUCGUCUGUAGUAAACUGCCCAUGCCCAGUUUCAUUAAAGUCUUUGUAGUCUUUAAUAUCUCAGUCCAGUGAGAAUUGAACCCGUCUGAUCCACUGUCCGGUGUCGAAAUGACUUGUUUUUUGUUCUCUCAAAAGUAUGUACUGCCGCUUUUCUUUUCUUUUUUUCCCCUCCAUAAUGUCUUUUUUUUUUUUUUUGGAAUUGGGUUUUUAUUUUGUACUGUUUGUUCUGAAUGAAUGUGUGCAUGUUUUGCACGAAGUUCAUUCUACUUUGAAAGCUGUUCUGAGGUCAGUUAAAGCACCCUUUCUUUAAAUAGCUGCAGUAUUUCCCCAUAGAGAGAGACGGAGCUCAUUCACUCUCUUUGUUUCAGUAGCAGAGGCGUAGGAGUUUACUAAAUCUAAACCAGUGGAUCCUUCAUGGCAUAUUGUUUCAGAAUUACUAUGUACAUGAUCUUUUAUAAUGCUGUUUUGAUUUCAUGUUGUCCUUAUCAAAGUGCAUUAAAUGGUUUUAUGAAUUUAAA